AUGGCAAUCGUGGGUGGAAUUGCAAAAAUUAUCACAGCAAUCGUAAACGGCGUCGCCAGAUUCAUUGGAAUCCUGGUCAGCUUCCUUACCUGUGGCUAUUGCGGUUCGAAGGGAGGCCGAGCGAAGCGCCGAGGACACUCUCACAUGAGGACGACGAGAGUUUAGACGAUGAACUACACGGGCGAACUUCUUUUGUGAUACCAAUUUGAGAAAGGAUAGGGGAAGGGGGGAGAGCUUUGUUAGUUUGCGGAGGAGUUUGCUACGGCCGUUUGAGAUUUCUUUUGUGAUUUCUUUCAUUUUCAUCUGUCAGCAUUAGGAUACCCAAUCCUUACGAUUUUCAGCAAAAAUUUUGAUCAUGUCACAUGUCGUUAGUGCACAGUUUGAAUUCCACUGGUG